AGACUGUCAGAAAAUGAACGACUGUGCCAUUACAUUACCGAAUGAAAAAGACAAGUGGCUAAACUUCCGCAACGUAAACUACAAGGAGCGAGUGCCCUUUGUCGUCUACGCAGACCUCGAAUGUGUACUGCGGAAAACGCAACCUGUUACGGAGUCGACGACAUACGCCUAUCAACAACACGAGGUAUUUAGUAUAGGAUACUACGUGCGAUGCUCGUACGACGACGCGUUAUCGGGGUAUCGGUUUCGUCGCAAUAAAGAUUACGUCACGUGGUUUGCUAGGCAACUCGAAGAAUUAGCUCAUAACGUUAAAACAUGUAUAUCGACUAAAGUCCCCAUGGUAAAUUUAACAAAAGAGCAAAUGAAGGCAUACUGA